AACAAACAAGAUAAUCUCAUGGCCGUGGGACUUCUAAAAAGCCAGCAUUGGAUUCCAUUUUACUUAUGUAAAACUGUUGAUUAUUACGGACUUUACCACUAAAUAAUCUGUACUGUCUUCCUCCCCUCCUCCGCUCAUUCUUUUCCUCUUUCUGCCAAUUCCUAUCUUAAUCUCACCCUCUCCCUUCUUUUCCCUUAUUCCUAAAUUAGCUACACUCUUAACUACAGAAAAAUAGUAUAACGGUUACACAAUGUCGGUGUUAUCAAUCCAUCAAUUCAUCCACAGAGAGAAUACAGUUGAUCAUCUCCUAGUUGUUGUUGAAACAAAAAAGUAGCGGCGGCCCGAUCAAGUUCAGAAGGUCAACAAGGAUUCAAUGGCAAUCAUGCCCAGCAAGUGGAUCUGGGGGAUCUCUGUGUUGGUUGGUUGCACUUGCAUCGCCGGUCCUCUGCAUGUUAUCUUCUCUGGCGGAAUUAACCAGAUCAAGUACGACCGUUUCACCAACCCGGAACAAGAUCUCAAUCUAUUUCAACCCCUUAACAACACUCUGUUCUUCUUCUAUGUUGGGGUUGAUUCCGCCGUUGGGAUGGGCGGUUUUGUGUUUUUGAUUGUGUCGGUGAUGGAUUUUCUCGAUGAUAUGUUUCAAGAUCCAAACUCCCCAAUUCAGAGCACAAAAAAGUUUGGGGCUACUAUUCGCAAAAACCCGUCACCAUUCUGUUCUGUAAUUGCAUCCAUUGUGCUGAUUUUUGUUUACUUCAUAGGGCUGGUUGUGAUCAUCCAUAUGGAGCAGACACGCCAAACCCGUAUCAAAAUCCCGGAGGAGAUGCCGGAAUUUCAGCAACGGGACAUCAUGAUCUGUUGGGCUGCCGGAUUUUUGCUCGCCGCGAUGGUGCUGACUGUUUCUUUCUUCUGUUGGAUCCCUGCUUGGAUGUAUUUGAAAACUAAAAUCAACAUUCUGAAGGGCGAAGGCGGAGCUAACCAUGGAAAGUCAAACUCAGACUCAGCCCAAGGCGGUAGCCUAGCUUAGACAUUAGUAGUGAUUAAUUUGCAGGGUUUAAUUUGUGGUCUAUGUAUUAGUAAUAAGUAAGUUUGGCAAAUUUUAUCCGCAUGUGUCCCUAGAUCUUGUUGUUCUCUUUCCUUUUUUCUUCUUGGGCAUCUCUCUACGUAGUGGAACCUUAGAUUUUAUAUUUAAUCAUGAAGUUUUUUAGAAAAUUAUUAUGAGCUGAUCCUUUGUAUUUAUGCAAUUUGCGUUCGUAACUCAGUUCUAUAAUAAUAACUAGGUCUUAGACGGGUUAGAUGGCGUAGCUCAGACAUGUAUCCCGAAUUUUCAAGGCAAAACAAGUUAACAAUUAGUCGACUAGUCGAUUCCUUCUCUCUCUCCGGUUAUAAUAUUCGUCAAAAUCAAA